CUGGAGAUGGCAGAGGAGUUCUUAAUGCACAGGUGCAUUACCACUCUUCUGGACAACCAGGGUGAGAAGGCACUCGAGUGCCUGUGCUGUCUGCUGUCCACCAUCGGCAGGAACCUGGACUGCGAUAAAAACAAGUGCCAUAUCGAUAAGUACUUGCGUAAAAUGGAGCAGAUCCUGAAGGAGGGAAAGACCUCAUCCAGAAUCCGUUUCAUGCUGCAAGAUAUAAUGGACCUGCGACAGAAUAAAUGGGCCCCUAAGAACAAUAACCAGGGGCCCAAAACCAUCAGCCAGGUCCACAGUGAUGCCCAGCUGGAGACCCAGCAGGAGAGGUCCAAGGUGGAGCAGCAGCUCCGAGCCAAGGCGAACAACUGGGACCCCAGGUGCCGUGCUGGAGAACAGCAAUGGAGCCAUGGGGAACGCCAGGACCGCGGUAGAGGGGAACGCUGGAACCGUGGGGAACACCAAGGCCACGGUAGAGAACAGCAAUGGAACCGCGGAGAACGCCGGGACUGUGGAGGAGAGGAACGCUGGGGUCGUGUGGAACGGCAGGACCGUAGAGGCGAGGAACGCUGGAACCGUGGACAACACCAGUUCUACGGUAGAGAACAUCAGUGGAACCGCGGAGAACGUCUGGACCGUGGAGGAGAGGGACACUGCAACCGUGGGCAACAGCAAUACUACGGUAGAGAACAGCAAUGGAACCGCGGAGAACGCCUGGACCGUGGAGGAGAGGGACACUGCAACCGUGGGCAACAGCAAUACUACGGUAGAGAACAGCAGUGGAACCGCGGAGAACGUCUGGACCGUGGAGGAGAGGGACACUGCAACCGUGGGCAACAGCAAUACUACGGUAGAGAACAGCAGUGGAACCGUGGAGAACGCCGGGAUCGUGGAGGAGAGGAACGCUGGGGUCGUGUGGAACGACAGGAGCGUAGAGGAGAGGAACGCUGGGGUCAUGUGGAACGUCAGGAGCGUAGAGGAGAGGAACGCUGGGGUCGUGUGGAACGACAGGACCGUAGAGGAGAGGAACGCUGGGGUCAUGUGGAACGACAGGACCAUAGAGGAGAGGAACGCUGGGGUCGUGUGGAACGACAGGACCGUAGAGGAGAGGAACGCUGGGGUCAUGUGGAACAACAAGACCGUGGAGGAGAGGAACACUGGGGUCGUGGGGCGCCACGCCCUGCUUGGAGCCGCGAUAGCCAACAGCUUGAGACCAAGGCAGUUCAUAGCUAUAGAGGCUGAAAGAGAUGGCAUUGUGGUAUAA